UUCCAGUUUCCGGGGAAUCGUGUGGCAAUACGGUACUAAUCUACUGAAGUAGUAGUCAGUACUCCUGGUGUCAUUAGGCUUCGGACUUUUGGAUAAAUUCAUGUUCUAGUGAGGGUUAGCGGCCAAAUGUAAUCUCACAUCUCAUCAUUCAGUUUCAUACUACCGGCACUACUGGUAGUACAUGUAGCUUCGCACCCUUCUCUCAAGAAGCAAGUGCUCACAAUUCAAUUCAGGCUUGGACCUCACAAUCUAAAUCUGAAGAAGAGACGAAGCAAGCAACGAAAUUCAAGAUGGCCCAUUCCAACCCCUCUCUUCUCGACCUCAACUUCAAGAUUGUUUCCUUGAUGGUGCAUGGCGACCAUGCCAAUGUGUACCCUGUUCUUAGGUUGGCUCUUUCCCAACUGAGGAUUCUCGUGGCAUCGUUGCAAAUUGGCGUCGAUGCCGGACCUGAACCAAUGGUGGCACCUGGAGCGGACCAGCCAACAGAGACCAUUCACGUUGUUCCCGUCCAGAUGCCUGCUAUCAAUGCGGACCAAGAUAUCUUCACCUUGUUCAAUCACGUCUUCCAUAUCUCGCAUCACGGUGGCCAUGGUGCGCCCACCGAAGAGGCCAGGUUUCGGCUGGCUGUGUCUGGCAUGUACAACAUUGCACUGUUUCUUCACCAAGAAGGCAUCCGGUCGGGCAAGUGCACCAACAUCAUCAAGGCGCGACGAUACUAUGCAGUGGCCCUUGACAUGCUGAAGGCAGUAUUGGGAAACCGCACUGAAGAUGCAGUCCUCGAAUUGGCCCUCUUGAACAACCUGGGUCAUGCUGAAGCUCUGCUUGCCAAUGGGCAACAAGCCUCGGCGUAUUUGGAGGAGCUUGCCAGCGUGAAUCUGCAUCGCGUGUAUGCCAUGCCACCGCAGUUUGCUGAUUUCUUCUCCAAUGUGGCUUGUCUCGCAGUCACACGAAUCUUCUCUCUGUCUCCGGCAGCGUGA